AUGGAAAUUCAACAAUCACAGACAGAUGAAAUUAGAUCGGCAAAGGAGAAAGAACUGAACGAUUGGCUUCCAGUCACGUCGUCUCGGAACGGAAAGUGGUGGUAUUCUGCUUUCCACAAUGUCACAGCUAUGGUUGGUGCCGGUGUUCUUGGCCUCCCCUAUGCCAUGUCUGAGCUUGGAUGGGGUCCCGGAAUUACCAUAAUGAUCCUAUCAUGGGUCAUCACCCUCUACACCCUUUGGCAAAUGGUAGAAAUGCAUGAAAUGGUACCAGGAAAAAGAUUCGACAGGUACCACGAAUUAGGCCAGCAUGCUUUUGGUAAAAAACUUGGGCUAUGGGUGGUGGUACCCCAACAAUUGAUGGUGGAAGUUGGGGUGAACAUAGUGUACAUGGUCACCGGCGGCAAGUCGCUGAAGAAGAUUCAUGACACAGUGUGUUCCGGCUGCAAACCGAUCAAAACCACAUACUUCAUUAUGAUCUUUGGAUCGGUUCACUUCUUUCUCUCUCACCUUCCCAGUUUCAACUCCAUCACUGUCAUCUCUCUUGCUGCUGCCAUCAUGUCCUUCAGUUACUCUACCAUAGCUUGGGUUGCUUCCAUACACAAAGGGGUUCAACCAGAUGUAGAAUACACUUCCAGGGCCUCCACCAGAACAGGAUCAGUAUUCCAAUUCUUCAGUGCCCUCGGAGACGUUGCGUUCGCCUUCGCCGGACACAACGUUGCCUUGGAGAUUCAGGCAACCAUCCCUUCCUCACCUGACAAACCAUCAAAGAAACCCAUGUGGAAAGGCGUGAUCUUCGCCUACAUCGUCGUGGCUUUGUGCUAUUUUCCGGUAGCCAUGGUGGGUUACUGGGUGUUCGGAAAGAAUGUAGAAGACAAUGUUCUGAUAUCACUGCAGAAACCAGCUUGGCUCAUUGUAAUAGCCAAUGCUUUUGUUGUAGUCCAUGUUAUUGGAAGCUAUCAGGUUUUUGCAAUGCCAGUGUUUGAUAUGGUGGAAGCUUGGUUGGUGAUGAAGAUGAACUUCAAGCCAUCUAAAUUACUUCGUAUCGUCACCCGCACUCUUUAUGUUGCCCUCACAAUCUUUGUUGCAAUCACAUUACCAUUUUUUGGGGGACUUCUUAGCUUCUUCGGAGGAUUUGCUUUUGCUCCAACAACAUACUAUCUCCCCUGCAUCAUGUGGCUUGCCAUCUACAAGCCCAAAAAGUUUGGUCUUUCUUGGUGUGCGAACUGGACAUGCAUCAUCCUUGGAUUCCUGUUGAUGGUUUUAGCUCCCAUUGGUGCAUUGAGAGGGAUCAUUUUGCAAGCCAAGGACUUCCAAUUCUACUCUUGA